GAUUUUCUCCGCCAAAUUUAAGGCUCCGCGUAUCAGUUAUAUCUCUCAUAAGUCAUAGCCUUCCACCCAUGACCAUGUUAUUUAUUAGUUUUCUAACUUCCUACGUCUUCAGAAACUUCCAUUUGACAAAAGAUAAAAAAAAAAAACUUCCAUAUACACCCAUUUAAUACCCCCUAAAAACUCACAGAAAAAUUCAUCAAAAUUCUUAUUGUUUAUUCACUUCUAGCUGAUUAUUCUUGAUCAGCUAUGGCUUCAAUUCAUAUCAUGUCAAUUCUAUCCAUUAUUGUUCUUCUUCUUCCAAUAUGGUCCACUGCAGACAUUGCUAUGCCUCCUUUCCUCUCCCCUAUCUUUGAGAAUGCGUGUAAAGCAGUGAAUUGUGGAAAAGGAAGUUGCAAGGCUUCUUCAAAUUCUACUUUUGGUUUUGCUUGUGAAUGUGAUGCUGGCUGGAGACAAACUCGUUCAGAAAAUGAUCAUUUUUUCAAGUUUCUUCCUUGUGUAAUUCCCAAUUGUUCUGUAAAUUUCUCCUGUGGAGAGGGGGCUCCUCCUGCCCCAGCGCCAGAUAAACGCUCUAAUUCAUCUAUCUUUGAACCUUGUUAUUGGGCUGACUGUGGAGGAGGCUCGUGCAAUAAGACCUCUGCCGUGACAUAUUCUUGUGAUUGCAAAGAGGGUUAUUACAAUCUACUCAAUCAAACUGUUUUCCCUUGCUUCAAAGAAUGUGCUCUCGGAAUGGAUUGUGCUCAGCUCGGUUUUGAUAUGAUGAACAACAGGUCAUCAUCUCCGUCUCCUAGUUUGCCUGAUAACAGCAAAAGUAUAGCUAUUUCAUUCUUUGGUGGUGGCUAUAGCUGGUUGAUCAUAACAGCUGCAUCUAUUGCUACGUUUUUUUGAUAUAUGUCACUCCUGCAUUUUUGAAUAAGCAAAGUUGUUUUGCAGCUCGUUUUUUUAGUUCAAUUCGAGUGAUUUAGAAAAUUUUGCUUUGUUAUAUAGGCCAUAGGCAGAUUUAUAUUCCACUUUUUCUUAUGCCAUUGAGUUUUUUGUAUUCCGUGUAUAUAACAUUCUGGGGUUGUGAUUUUUUUUUUUAUUGAAAUUGUGAGACAUUACUUAAUUUGAUUAGCAGAUUGAACCAUCUGUACUUCUUA